AUGCAGCUCCAGCCGGCUCUCGGCGCCGGGCCCGCAGGGGCGGCGGAGGGGGCGGCGGGCCUGGCGGCGGCGGAGAAGCUGAAGGCGAAGCUGAAGGCGACGCUGCCGGUGCGGGGCCCGCAGGCGCCGACGCUGCGCGAGCUGAUGCGCUGGUACUGCCUGAACACGAACACGCACGGGUGCCGGCGCAUCGUGGUGUCGCGGGGCCGCCUCCGCCGCGCCCUCUGGAUCCUGCUCACGCUCGCCGCCGUCGGCCUCAUCCUCUGGUACUGCGCGCAGCUCGUGCUCAACUACUACAACGCCUCCGUCUCCGUCACCGUGCAGUUCCACAAGCUGCCCUUCCCCGCCGUCACUCUCUGCAACAUCAACCCCUACAAGUACAGCGCCAUCAAGGAGCACCUGGCGGAGCUGGACAAGCAGACCCUGCUGGCUUUGGAGUCCCUCUACGACUUCUCGGGCAGCCUCAACCUCAGGGCCCGGCGCGAAGCAGGCUCCGAGCCCCCCCAGAAGAACCCCUUCCUCAGCACUGUUCCUCUGAUGAGAGUGGAGGAUCUCCAGCGCAAGAUGGCCGUGGACCUGACCACCGGUCACCGGCGGCGCAUUGCUGGCCCAGUGGUGAGCCCCGAGGGCUCCACCAUGGUGAAGAACCCCAAAGACGUCGUGGGCUUUCAGCUGUGCGACUCCAGCAACAACCGCAGCUGCAUGUUGUACACCUUCAGCUCCGGGGUGAACGCCAUCCAAGAGUGGUACAAGCUGCACUACAUGAAUAUCAUGGCCCAGAUCGACGACCAGGACAAGAAGCGAAUGAGCUACUCGGCCGAAGAGCUGAUCCUCAGCUGCUCCUUCGACGGCAUGUCCUGCGAUGCCAGGAACUUCACUUCCUUCCACCACCCGCUGCACGGGAACUGCUACACCUUCAACAGCCAGAAUGGCAGCAAUAUCCUGAACACCUCCACCGGAGGCAGCGAGUACGGGCUGCAGGUGAUCCUGUACAUAGAGGAAGCCGACUACAACCCCUUCCUGGUGACGUCCACGGGGGCCAAGAUCGUGGUCCACGACCAAGAUGAAUACCCCUUCAUCGAGGACAUCGGCACCGAGAUCGAGACAGCCACAGCCACCUCCAUUGGCAUGCACUUUACCAGGUCCACCCGCCUGAGCAAGCCCUACAGCAACUGCACAAAGGACGGGGAAGAGAUCCCUGUCAAAAACCUGUACAAGAAAAGCUACUCCCUGCAGAUCUGCCUGCAUUCCUGUUUCCAGAAGCUCAUGGUGAAGCAGUGCGAAUGCGCCCACUACGCUCAGCCCUUGCCGGAGAACGCCACCUACUGCAACUACAAGAAGUUCCCAAACUGGAUGUACUGCUACUACAAGCUCCACAGCGACUUUGUGAAGGAGAAGCUGGGCUGCCAGCAGAUCUGCAAGGAGGCCUGCAGCUUGAAGGAGUGGACCCUCACCACCAGCCUGGCUCAGUGGCCGUCGACGGUGUCCGAGGAAUGGAUGCUCAGGGCCCUCUCCUGGAACCGAGGGAAGGACAGCAAGGCUGUCUUGAACAAGACUGACCUGGCAAACCUCAUGGUGUUCUACAAGGACCUGAAUGAGAGGCUCAUCUUGGAGAACCCAGCCAACACGAUCGUGCUUCUCCUGUCCAACUUUGGGGGCCAGCUGGGCCUGUGGAUGAGCUGCUCCAUGGUCUGCGUCAUCGAGAUCAUCGAGGUCUUCUUCAUCGACACCUUCUCCAUCAUCUUGCGCCGCCGCUGGCAGAAGGCGAAGAAGUGGUGGCAGGCCCGGAGGGGCGGGGCGGGCCUGGAGCAGGGGGGCGGCCCCCAGCAGGGCGGGGCCCAGGGCCACCACAACCCCGCCUGCACCGAGGACGAUGACCUGCCCACCUUCAACACUGCCCUCCAGCUGCCCUUGUCCCCCCAGGGCCUGGCCCCCCGAACCCCCCCGCCCACCUACAGCACCUUGCAUUUGGGCGCGGGCGGCAGCACCUUUCGGGAGCAGAUGCCCGACACACAAGAAGGGGAUAAGGGGCCCUGA